GCAGUGAGGGCAGACGAUCCAGUGCUGGGGCAGAUGUGGUCCUGUUACACUGGAUCCUGUGCUGGGGAAGUGAGGUCUGUCUCACUGGAUCCAGUGCUGUGGUGGAUGUGGUUCAGUCACACUGGAUCCAGUGAUGGGACAGAACAACCACUGAGGCUCAGGGAUUUGCCAGUAGUGACAGGGCUGCCUCUGCAUCACAUUGCUGCAGUUCUGUGUGUACAUCAAUCAUAGUGUGACACUGGGAUAGCAUUUUGGGAUUGUUUUAUCACUGUACAAUUCUGGAUUACAGAAUUGGGCUGCAGGUCCGUCACUUUUUUGUACUGGAUGUUUGCUCACUUUAUAACACUGGGUUACAGGACUUGUAAUCAGGGACUGUCUUCUGUUGUUCCUGAGAAGCUGUGAUGUCCACGCUGUCCAAUUAUGGGCGACGUAUGAUGCGCCUAAGUGCACAGAUCUUUCAGGAGGUUGUUCGGCCUACUGAUGACCGCUCGAUGAAGGUGGUGAAGCUUUUCAGUGAGCAGCCGCUGGCGCUGAGGAAAGAGGUGUAUGAUUGGUACCCACAACAUAACCACUACUACACCCUGAUGCAGAGGCUGCGAUUCCUGGGUUUGUACAGAGACGAGCAUGAGGAUUUCAAAGAUGAAAUGAAACGGCUCAGGAAGUUGCGAGGCAAAGGGAAGCCGAAGAAAGGAGAAGGGAAGCGAGCCACGAAGAAGAAGUAGGGGCCAGGUCUGGUCAGACUACUGGCUCGCCCUCUUUGACCAGUCACAUCUGCCUGUCUGUCUCUCGCUGCACAGUCCCUUUUUGUUGCUUUUAAAACAGCGAAUUUUGCUUCGUCACCUUCCUUCCUUUAUUUCCCUCUCUCGUGCUGUGGGGAGUGUUGUGUGUCUGGUUCUCAAAGCAGCAAAGUUUGGAUGUAAGGAGCAAAUCUAAGCCAAAUUGCCCAUGCCCCUGGUGGUCUGGUUGGAUGGGUUAAUUAAACCACAGAAUGAGGAAGCUGUCAGGUUCAAUUCCUGAUCUGUGCUUUUAGGACAACCUCAAUCUGGUUGCUAAAAUUAAGGGCUGCUGGCAUGGGACCUCAAAUCUGCCAAAGAUUUGGUUGCUAAUCAGUGAGCCAGAAAUGGGUAUUGGGAUGGAGUUAUUAUUGGGGUGGUGCCUGCCUGUGGUGGAAUAGCCCAAGAGUAUUCACAGCCCAUAAGGGAAAGCACUGGGGACCAGUGACGCCCAUGGGACCAGUUUAAACCAGAGGCUUUGGGAUUAGGAUUAAAGAGAAAGGUCUCAGCCACUGCCACAGCAGUAGUUGACCAAUGUGCUACCCAGAGCAACAGAGAAAGAAUGCUGGAUGAGGGAGCACUGAUUAACAAUACCACAGCUAUAACUGUCCUCAUCUGACACUGCAGUACCAGUUUCAGUUGUGUGGCUGUGGGUAGCAGCAUGAAUCUCACCAACCCCUUCCACCCCACCCCACUACCUCUUCCACUGUCUGUCCCUUCAACACGAUAUUGGUUCAGUUCCUGAACGACAGCCACAUCGAUAUUUACUACUGAGUGCACGAGAGGGAGAGUGUGUGACAACUUUAAUAUGCUCAGGGAGCAUUGUGGACUCCGCUGCAGUCUUUUGAACUGAUAUAUAACACCAGGCAACUUGCUUAACUAUCUGGAAUGGUUCUGAGUGUUACAUUUGCACAUUGGCCUGCGAUUCAUGGCAGUUUGUAACUGGCUUGUAACCAGGUGUGAGUGUAACGGAUUAGUGGAUUCUGAUGUGGGACAUCUAAUUUCACUGGAAUGUGAUGCGAGUACAGCAGGUAACUCUGCUGUUGUAAUAAAUGGUGAAAUGUG